UGCCAAAUCCAGGGCUCGUUGCUGCAGUGCUGUUCUGUGCUUGUUCACUGAGUCGGAUCCGAUCUAAAGAAAAUGGAAGAGUAUCCGGAAGAGUUACGCACUCCGCCGGUGACACUGGUGUCCAUGGUGGGUUGCCCCGACCUCCACCCUCUCAUUUCCACCUUUCUCCUCUCACAACAACCGCCCAUCAACACCCUCGCCCUCCCCGAUCUCUCCAAAAUCCACCUCUUCCACAAGAAGAACGACCCCGACGCCGCCGCCGCCAUGCCACCACCCUCCUCACCCUUCGGCAUCUUGAAACGCGAUUGGUUCCUCAAACACCGCACCAAGAUCCCCGCCGUCCUCGCCGCUCUCUUCCCCUCUCACCUCCUCCUCGCUGACCCCGCUCAAUGGCUCCAACUCUGCUCCGAUCUCGAUUCCAUCAAGUCUGUGAUUCGUGGCAGGAACAUCAAGCUAGUUGUUGUUGUCGUCCACACCAAUCCACAGGAUGAGAUCAGUGAAGAUAAAAUGAUUGCGUUACGAAAGCGAGCUGAAUUAGAAGCUAAGUAUGUGGUUGUGUUGAAUCCCAAUGACGAUUCUGAGCUUCAACUCUCUCUCAACAGGCUUGCGAAUACGUUUUCGGAGUUAGCUGGUGCGUAUUACAGAGAAGAAGGAAGGAGGGUUAAACAGCGGAUUGAGAAGAAGAAUGUCAGCUCGGUUGAAUUGAUUGUUCGCUACUGCUUCAAAGUUGCUGUAUAUGCAGAAUUUCGAUGUGACUGGGCUGAAGCGUUGAAAUUUUAUGAGGAGGCCUAUCACACACUGCGAGAGAUAGUUGGAGUGACAACAAGGUUACCCCCAGUGCAACGCUUAGUUGAGAUAAAAUCUAUUUCAGAGCAAUUGCAUUUCAAGAUAUCAACAUUGUUACUGCAUAGUGGAAAGGUUACAGAAGCAGUGACGUGGUUCCGCCAACACAAGAAUACAUAUAAAAGGCUUGUUGGUGCUCCCGAAGCAACAUUUCUUCACUUGGAGUGGAUGAGUAGACAGUUCUUGGUAUUUGGUGAGUUGUUGGAGACAAGUUCAAAAACCACUCAAAGCCUUUUGCCUGUUAUUCUAGCCUCUUCAUCCAAACCUCUGACUGAGUGGGAGUAUUAUCCUGCUUAUUACUACCAAUUAGCUGCACAGUACAUGAGUGAGAAGAGGUCAGCUCUAGAACUUACAAUCGUUAUGUCAGUAACUUCCAACGAAAUUGAUAGCAUUGCUGAUUCAGUAGUUCCUUCUGCAUAUGUGGGUCAGUUUGCUCAGUUACUUGAGCAAGGAGAUAUGCUACCUCUCACUGAUGAAGUGUACACCCGAUAUGCUGUUUCUGAAGGAAAAAGGUUCCGGGAUUCACUUGAAAUCAUUGCUCUUCUUAAAAAAGCAUAUGAAUCGUACAGUAGCUUUAAAAGUCAGAGGAUGAGCUCUUUUUGCGGGUUCCAAAUGGCCAAAGAAUAUUUUGCUGAAGGUGAUAUUGGUAAUGCCAAGCAGAUUUUUGAUAAUAUUGCUAGCCUAUACAGAAAAGAGGGAUGGGUAACUUUGUUAUGGGAUGUCCUGGGUUACUUGCGAGAGUGCUCGCGGAAAAAUGGUACUAUUAAAGAUUUUAUUGAGUAUUCCCUUGAAAUGGCUGCACUCCCGAUAUUAUUUGAUACUGGUGUCCAGAGAGACAGUGGUCCAGCUGGUCCUGCAAAUCCACAGCAAAGAGAAAAUGUACACAACGAAGCUUUUCAGCUUGUCAGUAAAGCUCCUGAGUUGGCAACAAAUGAACACUCUAGUAAUUUCAAGUUCACUGGAGAUGAAUCACUUCAGCUUGAGGUUGAUCUUGUCAGUCCUCUAAGGCUGGUGAUGCUUGCAUCUGUUGCUUUCCAUGAACAGACAAUCAAGCCUGGGGCAUCGACUUUGAUUACAGUGUCACUUCUUUCCCACUUACCCCUUACAGUAGAGAUUGAACGAUUAGAAAUCCAGUUCAACCAGUCUCACUGUAAUUUCUUCAUUGCAAGUGCCCAAAAACCUCGAUCAGUAGAAGUUAGUGGUAUUCAGCAGCACCGGACGGAGACAGCACCUUCCCUUUCACUUGAACCAAACAAAUGGCUAAGGUUAACCUAUGACAUCCAGUCUGGUCAAAGUGGAAAACUCGAAUGCCUAUCUGUUAUUGCAAAAAUUGGAUCACACUUCACAAUCUGCUGCAGAGCUGAAAGCCCUGCAUCAUUGGAUAGUUUACCUCUCAGGACAUUGGAGGACUGCAUACAAACUGUUCCAAUGAAAGAUCCAAUUCUUGUGUUCUCUGGUCAGAAGUAUACCCAAGUUGAAGAACCAGACCCGCAGGUUGAUCUGUUUCUUGAUGCCUCUGGUCCUGCAUUGGUGGGUGAGAUUUUCUUGGUACCUGUAACGUUGGUCUCCAAAGGCCAUGAUGUCUGCUCUGGUGAGUUGAAGAUUAAUCUUGUGGAUGUGAAGGGAGGAGGCUUGUUUAGUCCGAGGGACUCCGAGCCAUACUCUACGGAUAGUCAUCAUGUCCAGCUGCUGGGUAUAUCUGGACCAGAAGGGCAAGAUGAUUCUCAGUUAGAUCCUGACAAUAUAAAGAAAAUACAACAAUCGUUUGGAUUAAUUUCAGUUCCCUUUCUUAAAAAUGGAGACUCUUGGUUGUGCAAAUUAGAAAUCAAGUGGCACCGACCAAAACCUAUUAUGCUCUAUGUAUCUUUGGGUUAUACUCCAUAUCGUGGUGAAUCAAAUUCACAGAUGGUCCAUGUCCACAGAAACUUGCAAAUUGAAGGGCACACUGCAAUUGUUCUUAACCAUCGUUAUUUGAUGCCAUUCAGACGAGAUCCAUUGUUACUUUCUGAGAACAAGCAAGCCUCCGAGUCUGAUCAGUCAGAGUCACUCCCCUUGAACCAAAAUACUGUGCUCAUCGUUAGUGCAAAGAACUGCACUGAGUUGCCAUUAAGGUUAAAGGCAAUUUCCAUAGAAGUAGAGGAUGAUGUUGAAAGGACAUGCUCUAUUCAACAUGGAAAUGAGGAGCUUUCAAACUCUGCACUACUUGUUCCUGGAGAAGAGUUCAAGAAGGUAUUCUCAGUCAGUUCCAAUAUGAACAUUUCAAAGCUCAAACCAACUGUGUGUUUGAGAUGGAGGAGGGACUUCGGGGUUGAAGAGCAGUCUGCUUCUACCCCAACAUUGUCUUGGGUUGUCACUACACAAAAGCUGCCAGAUAUGAAUGUGGAGUUACCGCCAUUAAUUGUGAGUUUAGAAUGCCCUCCUUAUGCCAUCCUGGGAGAUCCCUUCACAUACUAUAUUAGAAUCUUGAACCAGACACCGUUACUGCAAGAAGUCAAAUACUCACUGGGAGACUCACAAAGUUUUGUAUUAUGUGGGUAUCAUAAUGACACUGUGUAUGUUCUUCCCAAAUCUGAGCAGAUUCUCAGCUACAAACUUGUUCCACUUGCCUCCGGCAUGCAACAGUUACCCAAAUUUUCCAUGACUUCAGUGAGAUACUCAGCAGCGUAUCAGCCUUCUAUUUCUUCUAAUUCUGUUUUUGUUUUCCCUUCUAAGCCUCAUUUCAAGACUGCAGCCUUUAUGAACAGGGUGGAAUCAGUUGCUAUUGAAUAAAUGUUGUUCAUCAUCAUUUUUUCCCCUAAUCAUGUAAUCUCCCCCCCCCCCAUCUCUCUCCUGUGUUUGGGAGAGAGUCCAGACAUUAUAAUUUUGGAUUCUUUGUUACUAGCACCAUGGCCCGAUAUAGCAAGUUUAACACUUCAAGAUUAUGUUCUUUGAUAGGUAUACAUCAACACUAAAGCUUCGGCAUUUUAUGUGAUAUCUUACUCUAACCUAUGUUGCAUGUGAUGAUUUUGGUGUUUGAUUU